AUGGUUCUCAAGUUUUUUAUGCGUCAUCUAGGGUUCUACUUAAAUAAACACACUGGCCGUAAAAUUAGUCUUCACUCCAACUUGGGCCAUGCUGAACUCUCAGCCACUUUCAAUGGACCAAUACCAGGUGCCAUUAGUGACGAGGUGCCUACUUCCUCUCCACUGGAAGCCAGUCCUAGUUCUUCUGUUAUUGCUGCUUCUAAUCGAUUUUCCUCGACAACCAGUAGUGGUCUUCCUGGGAGUCCUGGGGUUUCUGAUGUGACACCUUUGAGGAAGUAUAUCCUCAUGGUUUCCACUUUUCAAAUGGUCAUUCUCAUGCUCUUCAAUCAACGUAGUAGGUACACCUUCAGUGAACUGAUGGUUGAGUCGGGCAUUCCGGAGAGAGACCUACUGCGAAAUUUAAUGGCCCUUUGCAUGAGUAAAUCCACCCAACGUAUUCUCUGCAAGGAGCCCAAACCCACGGCUGCUAAUAAGGAGAUUGAGCCUACGGAUGUAUUUUAUGUUAAUAACUCGUUCUUCUCUCGACUUCACAAGGUAAAGAACUUGUCAGUCCGUGAGACCGAACCAGAGAGGCAGGAGACUCGAACCAAAGUAGAUGAGAACCGACGUUACGUUAUUGAAGCUACAAUCGUGCGUAUAAUGAAGGCUCGAAAGACAAUGGAACAUAAUCAACUACUAAGUGAAGUGAUGGAACAACUCAAAUUGCGUUUCCGACCAACUUCUACGGACAUUAAACAGCGAAUUGAGGCUCUCAUUAACCGCGAAUUCAUUGCACGUUCAGAGAAUGAUCAUAAAGUGUACAAUUACAUCGCUUAG